UGUAUUUUAAACUUCCUAAACUUUUGGAUGGCUAUAAAAAUAUCGUAAGAAAAUAAGUUUCUAGACAUAGAUCCAAACCUUCGGAUCUAACGUGAGCGAUAAAGUAAAACAAAUCAGAUUUUUUAUAUUGAGGCACUUAAGAACAAUUCUUCGAUCGACUGCAUGUGGCACAUUAUUCAUAUAUCUAUUUAUACGGUUUCAGAAUUUCUGCCGAUCAUUCAGCAUCUCACCAAUUUGUAUGGCACUGUGGUACGAUUUUGGCAAGGUCCUCAAUUUUCGUUAUACGUGGGAGAUCCCAACAUAAUUGAAACCAUUCUUACCGACAAAAACUUGACCAAUAAAUCCGGCGAGUACGACUACCUCUCCGACUGGCUUGGCGAUGGUUUGCUUCUGAGCAAGCGACACAAAUGGCACGCCCGGCGGAAAGCCAUCACUCCGGCGUUCCAUUUCAAGAUCCUGGACCAGUUCGUGGAUGUGUUCGAUCGCAACGCUGCCGAGCUGGUGGACGUCCUGGGCAAGCACGCCGACAGCGGCGAAACAUUCGAUAUGUUUCCCUACGUGCUGUUGUAUGCCCUGGAUGUCAUCUGUGAAAGUGCAAUGGGGACGUCUGUGAAUGCUCUCCGCAAUACCGACUGCGAGUACGUUCAAGCAGUCAAAGCAGCAGCUAACAUAUCAAUCAGACGUAUGUUCGAUUUUAUUCGCCGAACCCCUCUGUUUUAUCUGACUCCGAGCUAUCAGAGACUGAGGAAAGCACUGAAAGUCCUUCACGGUUAUACAGAUAAAGUCAUCAAAUCUCGUCGGAAGGAGCUCAUGAAUAAAACAAACGAACAAGACGGUGUUUCAGACGAAUUUGGGGAGAAACGAAGGGAUGCUUUCCUCGAUAUGUUGCUGAAAACAAGUAUUAACGGUAAACCGUUGACCGAUCUGGAAAUCCGUGAGGAAGUGGAUACUUUUAUGUUUGAAGGACACGACACAACAACCUCGGCAGUCGUCUUCACGCUAUUCAACCUGGCUAAGAACCCAGAAAUUCAGCAGAAAGUCUUCGACGAAAUAGUGUCAGUAAUAGGAAAGGAUCCGAAUGAACGAAUAGAACUAUCUCAUUUGAACGACCUGGACUACUUAGAGAUGUCGAUUAAGGAAACGCUUCGACUUUAUCCUUCGGUCCCAAUGAUUGGUCGAAAGUGCGUGGAAGAAACUACAAUCAACGGCAAGAUCAUACCUGCUGGGGCAAACCUAAUCAUCGGAAUCUAUUUCAUGGGUAGAGAUCCCAAAUAUUUUGACAACCCUUUGCAAUUCAUUCCUGAAAGAUUCGAGGGCGAAAAGUCGGUGGAGAAAUUCAACCCAUAUAAGUAUAUUCCAUUCAGUGCUGGUUCGCGGAACUGUAUCGGUCAAAAAUUCGCUCUCAAUGAGAUGAAAAGCGUGAUAUCGAAGCUUUUGCGCCACUACGAGUUCAUCCUACCACCGGGCUCUCCUGACGAACCCACGCUAGCAUCUGAGUUGAUUCUGAAACCGCACCACGGAGUCCAACUGCAGAUCAAGCGCCGAACACUUAGCUAACUGAGGUCACGUACCUCAAUGAUUUCAUACCUCUACGACUCGGAUUGUUCGAACAAGUUUUACAAACAACUAACCGAGAAGCUGUUCAAACUUGUGAUAUGUAGAAAAUCCCAGGCGCUAGAUGUAAAGUGAUAAACCAAUGUAAGUCACCAACCACCAUGUGAUUAAAAUGUGAUACAAUAAUA